AUGUCGUCCCUACGGGCACCUAACAUUAUCUUCAUCAUGGCCGAUGACCAUGCUUCGAAGGCCAUCUCUGCCUACGGCCAUGGCAUCAACACCACGCCCAAUAUUGAUCGCAUUGCCCAAAAUGGAAUGCUUUUCAAUCAUUGCUACGUCAACAACUCUAUCUGCACCCCAUCUCGUGGUACGAUCCUGACAGGGACGCAUUCGCACGUUAACGGAGUGCACACUCUCGACAGCAAACUCAACAAGUACCUACCUAAUGUGGCCAAGCAGCUGCGCGCUGGAGGCAAUUACCAGACUGCCAUGAUCGGGAAGUGGCACUUGGGUGAAGGGGCCCCUCACGAACCGUCGGGUUUCGACUACUGGUCCGUCCUUCCCGGGCAAGGGGACUAUUUCGACCCUGUCUUCAUCGAACCAACAGGUCGUAUUGUGAAUCCGGGGUAUGCAACCGAUAUCAUUACGCAGAAAUCGCUCAACUGGCUCCGGCAGCGGGACCUCAAGCGACCCUUUUUCUUAAUGUGCCAUCAUAAGGCGCCACAUCGCAAGUGGGAGUGCCACCCACGACACAAGCAUCUCUACCAAGAGGACGUUCGAGUGCCAGAGACGUUUAAUGACGACUAUAGAACUCGCGCCAGGGCGACGGCAGUGGCGAAAAUCAAAGUCGAAGCAGACCUCGACUACUUUGACCUGGGCCUUGUGCAACCGGAGGGCGGUGCUGAAAUCGGUGAGCGCCAUUUCUCAGGAAACCCUAAUCGGAAGAUACCGAAUCCUACAGAUGUGAGCGUCAUGCGUCCGCUCAUUGACAAAGACACCGCUCAGUUGUUCAGUUUCAAGUCACAAGAUGAGCUUCGCCACUUUAAGUAUCAACGGUAUAUAAAGCGCUAUCUCCGGUGCAUCCAGGGAAUCGACGAUGGCGUAGGCGAGAUCCUGGACUUUCUGAACUCGGAGAGUCUCGUAGACGACACGGUGGUGAUUUACACAUCUGACCAAGGUUUCUUCCUCGGUGACCAUGGCUGGUUCGACAAACGGUUCAUGUACGAGGAAUCUUUUCAAAUGCCCUUCCUGAUACAGUAUCCGCGCCUGAUCCGACCGGGCAGCGUGUGUAAUGACAUGGUGUCCAACGUGGACUUUGCCGCGACCUGGCUCGAUCUCGCUGGCAUCGUCGUACCGUCGUAUAUGCAAGGCCGUUCAAUCAAGAAACUACUGCAAGAACAAACUCCGGCGGACUGGCGCCAGGUGGCAUAUCACCGCUACUGGAUGCAUCAGGACAAUAUGCACGACUGCUAUGCCCAUUAUGGCAUACGAAAUCAACGUUAUAAACUCAUCUACUGGUACAACCAGGGAUUCGAUCUUCCGGGGACUAAAGCUGGUGGGCAGGACAAGGAAUGGGAAUUAUUUGACUGUCAUCAGGAUCCACUGGAGCUCCUUAACCUGUACAAUUCACCCGCAUAUACUUCAGUCGUGCAAAAUCUCACCGCAGAGCUAAACCAGACAAUGUUGGAAAUUGGAGAUGAGCCGGUACACCAGAUAUUUCAAAAUUAA